AUGUUGAAACCGACAAGAUUGUUACUAUUAGGUGCACCUGGAUCAGGAAAAGGUACCAUCUCGAAAAGGCUUUUGAAAAAGUUUACCCAUUUGCAAUAUAUAUCCUCGGGGGACGUUUUGAGAUCGCAAAUCGCCAGUGGGACAGAGAUUGGACGUAGCGCGGAAAAAUACUUGAAGAAUGGAGCGUUGGUGCCGGACCCUGUGAUGGUGCGGUUGAUUACAGAUCAGUUGCAGACCCAUAAUUGGUUGAAUCGUGGCGCAAGCUGGCUAUUAGAUGGGUUCCCAAGGACGAGCAACCAGGCAGACCAAUUGAACGAUGUGUUGGAUAAGUAUAACUCAAACUUGAAUUUGGUUAUCGAAUUGGAUGUUGAUCAAAAGAUUAUAUUGAACAGGAUAGAGUCGAGAUAUGUUCAUUUACCAAGUGGGAGAAUAUACAGCUUGGAUUAUAAUCCACCCAAGGUGCCAUUUAAGGAUGAUGUCACUGGAGAACCUUUGGUGAAGAGGGAAGAUGACAAUGCCAAAGUCUUUCAAAAGAGAUUGGACAAGUACAAUGAAAAGAUUGGUGCACUACGCGAGUUUUAUCAGGAGAGAGGUGUGUGGAGGGUUGUUUCGGGAAACACCAGCGACAUCAUCUACCCUCAAGUUGAGAAGUUGUUGCUUAAUAGAAGCGCUACCGGAUAA